UAAUUACUUUCAGUUGAUGAGCUUUACUACGAGUGAAUACAGUAGAGAUCUUCUUAUAAAAGUAUUUUCUUUUUCUUUCAUUGUUAUCCUCUGUACUAUGAAAUAUAAUACGCUAUACUUCAAAUCAGAAGAAGUAAAGUAUCUUUUAGAGCAUGUUCUAUAUGAUUGGCAUGCUUUAAAUGAUGCUGAGGAAAUAGAAAUAAUACAGAAAUACGCAAAUAAAGGAAGAUUAUAUACUAUUCUUGCAGGAUUCCUUGUAUAUUUGGGUAUCAUGGUUUUCGUUGUAUUGUUCUUCGUACCGGAUAUUCUCGAUAUUGUGGCACCAUUGAAUGAGUCUCGGCAACAUCAACUGCCGAUUGCAAUCGAAACCUUCUUUGACCAGGAAAAAUAUUUCCGUUUUAUUGUUCUAAAUUUUUCAGUAAUUUCUUUUUUAAGUGUAACCGUAUUUUUAACUGCUGAAACUUUAUAUAUGAUAUGUGUACAACACGCUUGCGGAUUAUUAAAAGUUACCAGCUAUCGCAUUUUGAAUGCAUUUGACAAUCGCAUACAACAAAUAAAUACAUCAAAAAUAAAGUGUAUUAUUUGUACUAAAUUGUCUGAGGCUAUCAAGCUUCACAGACGAUCUUUAGAGUUUAUCGAAUAUUUGUGCUCCACUUUCUCUCUUUCUUAUUUUAUUUUAUGUGUAUUUGGAGUAGCUUCUUUGAGCAUUAAUUUAUUUGAAUUCUUAAAGGCGGUUGAGUUAAAAUAUACAGAUCAAGCAAUCUGCUUUGGUUUGGUUGUCUGUGCUCAUAUAUGUUAUAUGCUUUGGGUUAAUAACGUCGGUCAAGACCUUAUAGACAAUAGUAUUGACGUUUUUGAACAAACUUACAAUGUACAGUGGUACAUGGUAUCUACACAUAUUAAAAAAGACAUAUUAUUUAUACUUCACAGAUCUUCAAAGACUAUCUGUUUUAAUGUUGGCAGUAUAUUUGUAUUCUCAUUAGAAGGAUUUGCUACGCUUAUAAAUAUGUCGCUAUCAUACUCUAUGCUACUUUAUUCCACUCGGACAUGAUUUAUAUGGCAAAAUGGCUAUGAUUAUCUAUAAUAUUUUUUUUAUACUUGUAUGCUAUCACGCUAAA